AUGGAUAAAGAUAAUAAUGAGAAGAAGGAAGGAAAGCAAGAACAAGGAUCAGAAGCCUCAAUGGGACAACAAGAUUCGUCACGCAAUAAUCCUGCAGUUAAUGAAGAUCAAAAUGUCUCCAAGAACCCUUCAGAGAUACAACCUGGUGGUGCUCAUAUUGAUGAUGAAUCGGAAAAGACAUCAGGAGGAAUUGAUCUUAAUGUCGAAUAUGAUGGCGGUUAUGGUUCCUCGGUGACCCUAAAGAGAAAAAGAUCUGAAUUUGUUGAUUUUGAUUCAAGUGGGUCGAAGAAAAUCACUAAUGCCGCUGCAGGUGAUCGGGAAGAUGAUGUUGGGUCGAAUGUCAGAAUGAACUUAACUCUCCGCCUGGGUUUGCCCGAGUCAUAUCCGAUACAUGAUGAAACUGUUUCUGGACAUUCUGCUGGGUCAAAGACAAUUAUUCUUGCCGCUGCUGGUGACUGGGAAAAUUCUGCUGGCUCGAAUGUUAUAAGGGAUUUGUUAGUGGAAUCUCCGAGUCAUGAUGAUGGAGGAAGUAAAUCCUGCCCAAGUUAUCAUCAUCCUGUUGAGGCAUCCUCUGCUCCUCAGGAACUCCCUGUUUCACAGAGCACAGGUAUCCACAUUUCUGACGUACAUUCUGUUGCCCCGACUGAUGAUAAAUCAAACGAGAAGAUGCUAUUCACAGUAAGAGAAGUACUAAGGCGUCUUGAUUCUGAUAUCUGGAAGAAAAAAGCAAUAUGGAAACAUGCUCGCCGCCGUGGUUGGCUGCCCCCGCGUCCGCAGCAAUAUGGAAAUGCAUCUUCAUCUCAAGAUUCUGUUGAUUUAGAUAAAUUCAUCGAGGAGGAGAGGAAGAGGUACAGAGAUGCAUUCAACCAGUUCGACGACGACAAAGAUGGUUACAUUACCAGAGAUCAACUCGGGCAAUCGCUGAAAUCACUGGGUCAGUUCUAUACUCAUGCUAAAGUCCAAAGUAUGGUCAAUCAGGUCAACCCUGAACAGGGAGGAAGAAUUGAUUUCAACGAGUUCAUGAAAAUGUUGAGACAAAACCAGGAGGAACUACAUUUGGAGACUUUUAGGUUCUUUGAUCAAGGUAACAGUGGCUUCAUUUCCGCCGCUACGUUCCGUGAGAUCCUGGAGGAUGAUGAGGAGAUGACUGAUAAAGAAAUCGAGGAGAUAAUAAGGGAAGAAGAUCCAGAGGGUACUGGUCGAAUCAAUUAUGCAAAGUAUGUGAAGAAGUUUUAUCCCUAA